AUGUCAUCAUUUAAGUCUGAGUAUCCAUUUGAGAAGAGGAAAGCGGAAUCUGAGAGGAUCUGUUCACAAUUUGAGAAUCGAGUUCCAGUAAUCUGUGAAAGAGCAGAUAAGUCUGAUAUUCCUGAGGUUGAUAGGCGCAAAUACUUGGUGCCGGCAGACCUUACUGUGGGUCAGUUUGUAUAUGUUAUUAGAAGACGGAUCAAGCUUCCCGCUGAGAAGGCUAUAUUUAUCUUUGUUAACGAUACUUUGCCACCAACAGCAGCGUUGAUGUAUGCGGUGUAUCAAGAGCACAAGGACAAGGAUGGUUUCUUAUAUGUAAAGUAUUCCGGUGAAAAUACCUUCGGUGAUGAUGAAUGA